AAUCGGAGAAUCGCUUUGCAUCGGACCGCGUGUGCACGCGUUCCCUGUAUAUCGGUACACGAUGGGGCCAAUGGCCGGCCACUGUGCUCGAGGCUCUCAUGACCGUUCGACGACAAAGAAAUACCGGUUUCUCAGCGUACUGACCACUAUAUCAAGGAAGAGCAUCGGUGUAACACCGUCUUUUAACCGAACCCCGGUCAGUCUGAAUCCUGUCAACGAUCCUCGUGCAUUUUGCCGAAAGUUCGUGCCCGUUCAAGCCAGAUUGGGCCCCACUUCGUCAUGUAUCUACGUUACGACAUCCUCGUGUUGGUUUAUCACGUUAUGACCGGCCUGUCGUUACCGGCAACCAGCUAUGAUCAACGACAAACCGGCGAUCUGAACGUGCAGGUCCACCUGAAGGAUGUGCAAGUGCUCGCGUUGCUGGACUCAGAGUUGCUUGACGAUUACACGGAGUUCGAUUACUUCUACGAUUAUGCCGAUUUCACGGUGAAACCGAUCGUCAAGCCCACUACUAGUACUACCGAGGCGACUAUACCAGCUUCAGAGUCUACUGAAAACGUCGAUGUCGCUGAAACAGUUGAUCCUUCUUCACAAAAUUCAACGCUUCUCUCAACUAGCAAUUCUUCAAACGCAAAUUCCGCCUCAGAAGUCACAGAAAUUUCUGUACUAACAUAUACUGAGGAUACAAACAAAACUUCAGCCACUUUAUCACUUGAAAGUCCAGAAAAUCCAACUAAGGAGGGUAAUGCAUUGAAGACAAGAAUCAACAACAAAACCAGCGAUCUAUUUAAAGUAGACGAAGAGGAUUCUGUGGAGAAAAAAAAUGGGAGGUCAGUCGUAGAAAAUCCACUAAAAAAAUCUGGAAAACGCUGUAGAUCGGGAUACUCGCCUAAUGGGAAGGGCCGUUGUCGACGUUUGAGUCAACGAAGAUUAUCAUUAAUUCCGUUAGCUAUGAGAUGGAUGCCAAAACUAUAAGACGACCUAUCGCGAGGCACGAGAAAUUUGGCGCAAAUGAAAGUCAAUCG